AUGGACAGCAGGGCCCGAAGCUCUUCCAGAGAGGCCCACGGGCGAGGUGGCAGGUCCUCUUCUAGGGAGGACAAGAGAGCGAAGGCCGGGAGGGGCAGCGGAGGGCGCACGCGCCCGGAUGCUGGGUCGGAGCGGCGGGGUGCGGGGCGGACCCGGAUAGGGGGAGAGCCCCGAUCCCCUGCCGCCACCGCUGCCACCACCACCACCACCACCGCCAAGGCCACAGUAGUGGAUGUAGAUGACGUUCGGGGCUCCGGUGAAGAGGGAACCGAAGUGGUGGCGCUGCUGGAGAGUGAGCGACCAGAGGAAGGGAUCAAGUCCUCUGGGUUAGGGGCCUGUGAGUGGCUGCUUGUGCUCUCCUCACUGCUCUUCAUCAUCAUAACUUUCCCUUUCUCCAUCUGGUUCUGCAUAAAGGUUGUACAAGAAUAUGAAAGAGUAAUUAUAUUCCGACUGGGACAUCUGCUCCCUGGAAGAGCCAAAGGCCCUGGCCUGUUCUUUUUUUUGCCAUGCCUGGACACCUACCACAAGGUUGACCUCCGUCUCCAGACCUUGGAGAUACCUUUCCAUGAGGUGGUUACCAAAGAUAUGUUUAUAAUGGAGAUAGACGCCAUCUGCUACUACCGCAUGGAAAAUGCCUCUCUUCUGCUGAGCAGUAUUGCUCAUGUGUCCAAAGCCAUCCAGUUCCUGGUACAAACCACCAUGAAGCGCCUCUUGGCACAUCGAUCCCUCACCGAAAUUCUCCUGGAAAGGAAAAGCAUUGCCCAAGAUGUAAAGAUUGCCUUGGAUUCAGUGACCUGUAUUUGGGGCAUCAAAGUGGAGAGAACUGAAAUUAAGGACGUGAGGCUGCCAGCUGGCCUUCAGCACUCUCUGGCUGUGGAAGCUGAGGCUCAAAGACAGGCCAAAGUGCGGAUGAUUGCUGCGGAAGGGGAAAGGGCUGCUUCUGAGUCCCUGAGGAUGGCAGCUGAGAUCCUGUCGGGCACCCCAGCUGCUGUUCAGCUUCGAUACCUGCACACUCUUCAAUCGCUGUCCACAGAGAAGCCAUCCACUGUGGUUUUGCCUUUACCAUUUGACAUGCUAAACCUUCUGUCUUCACCCAGCAACAGAACACAAGGAAGCAUCAACUACCCAAAUUCUUCCAAAUCUGUUGAGCCGCUAAAUCCCAAAAAGAAGGACUCUCCUAUGUUAUAGGGUAGUGGGCAAAAAGCAAUGUGAGUCUGUCAUAUAAAACUAUAUCCUGAGUGAGGCGUUCAGUCCUCCUUGCCCUUGUUUGGUUGCCAAAUAGAAGACCUUUUGAAUGUGUGAUGUCACAAGAUGGCCAGAUGCAUGAGAACUCGGUGAAAUGACAGUGGCAGAGAAGGCAUCUAACCACAGGUGGAUCAUCUAUCUGAUCAUGUAAUUACAGAAGGGAUUUAGAAUUUGAAUCUACAUGUGGUUCCAUUUUUAUUUCUGAAGACUUAGUUCAAAUGCCUUCUACUGUGUGUUACCUGGCUCCUUUACCAAGAUCUCAGCAGAUCCCACAGCCCUUUCUGUGAGGCCCUAUCA